AUGGAAAGUUCUUCAUCAGAAAGCGAAGAUGGCAAUGAAGAAGUUGAGCGAGACGAACGGGAAGAGAAUAAUGGUACAAGAUGGCUUUCAAUUUGAAAUUGAAUUUGAAUUUGAGCCUGAAUUUGAAUUUUAAAUUAAUUUGAAACGACUAAUUGGUGCUCCCAAACUAUGUAUUUUGUGCAAAAUUAUUAAUUGUCAAGCUCCAGAAUAUUUAUCAAUCAAAUUAGAAAACACCCCCUUUGGAGGGGUGUGUACCCCCUCCCCCCCUAGUAAAUCUAUCCCUGGCUCUAAAGUUAGGAGCAAUUCAUAUGGAGCUGGUCUGGCCCGAUUAAUCGGGAUGAUAAUAUAUAAUAAUAAAGCUCCUAGCACGGCUUUGAUAAACGUCCAAAAUGUCAUUUCAAAGUUGAUUCCAGUAACAGCAUAAAGUUGUUGUUCAAACGAUUUACAGUUACAGUAUAAAGUUGUUCAAAUGGGUUACAGUAUAAAGUUGUUCAAAUGAGUUACAGUAUUAAGUUGUUCAAAUGAUUUACAGUAUAAAGUUGUUCAGGAAAAACAUUUCGGACACGAUUCAUCCGGCUCAUAUGAACAGCUCCUAAAACUCCUCACACAAACGCUUCUCUGUACAGCUUUGAUUGCUUCAUUUAGAGACCGAAUUACUUCGCGAGGACCUUGCCGAUCUGUCAACGGAAAUCAGUAUCAAGCAGAAACUUAUCGAAGAACUGGAAAACAGUCAAAAACGUCUCAACAACAUGAAACUGCAUUAUGAGGAAAAACUGAGCUUGCUCGCGCGAAAAAUUAAGGAGACUGAGACGGAGCGCGACAGAGUACUGGACACGAUCCAUGAACAUGACAAGGAAGCCGCACAACAGAGUCAGAAAGUCAAGUCUGAUUACGAGAAAAAGAUUAACAAUUUUAAGGAUGAACUGAAGAAGUUGCAGUCGGCGAAAAAAGAGCAUAAUAGACUUAUGCGAACUAAGGUAAGAUUUGUAGUUAGGGUAUAUGUCAUUCAUCUCAGACGUUUGCGAGAUGAGUGAGUUUGACUUGCGUUUUUGAUGAGUUGACUUUUAUUGGUCUUUUAGGAAGAACAGUUUAGAACUGAUAGAGCUAUCCAGUAUAAAUAAAGUUAGUUUAGUUUAGGUUUCCUCCUGUAGUAAUACUGAAUUAAUAAGAGAUUAUUCUUACUGAACCUCUAGGAAGAACAGUUCAGAACUGAUAGAACUAUCCAGUAUAAAUAAAGUUAAUUUAGUUUAGGUUUCCUCCUGUAGUAACACUGGAAUAAUAAGAGAUGAUUCUUACUCACCUCUAGGAAGAACAGUUCAGAACUGAUAGAACUAUCCAGUAUAAAUAAAGUUAGUUUAGUUUAGGUUUCCUCCUGUAGUAACACUGGAUCAAUAAGAGAUGAUCCUUACUGGACCUCUAGGGCGAACAGCUUAGAACUGAGAGAGCUAUCCAAUAUAAAUAAAGUUAGUUUAGUAUAGGUUUCCCCCUGUAGUAACACUGGAUCAAUAAGAGAUGAUCCUUACUGAACCUCUAGGAAGAACAGUUUAGAACUGAUGUAACUAUCCAGUAUAAAUAAAGUUAGGUUCAAGGAUAGCUCUUACUCUUCUUCUAGAAAGAAAAUAUUAGAUUUAGAAAACAUUUAGUUUCUUUGUUUAUUUUAUUAAUUGCAACGAAUGUUCCUUCAGACUCAAAACGAGAUGCAACUGAAGGGCCUUACUCGAGAUCUGGACGAGCUCAAGAAAACCAAAGUGAAACUGAUGCGACAGAUGAAAGAAGAGAUUGCUAAGAACAAGAAACGCGAGGCGGAACGAGAAAGACAGAUCUCUCAGCUCAAGAAAGAAAGUAGAAAACGUGAAAUACAAAUCAAGAAUAUGGAGUCGGAGAAACGACAACGAGAGCUUGUGUUAAAACGAAAACAGGAAGAG